AUGUCUGCUCCAAACCCAAAGGCUUUCCCUUUGGCUGACUCUGCUCUUUCGCAGCAAAUCCUGGACGUUGUCCAACAGGCCCAAAACCUGAGACAGCUCAAGAAGGGUGCCAACGAGACCACCAAGACUCUGAACAGAGGUAUCUCCGAGUUCAUCAUCAUGGCAGCCGACACCGAGCCAAUCGAAAUCUUGUUGCACUUGCCACUUCUCUGUGAGGACAAGAACGUUCCAUACGUUUUCGUCCCAUCCAAGACCGCCUUGGGUAGAGCCUGUGGAGUAUCCAGACCAGUCAUUGCUGCCUCGGUCACCUCUAACGAUGCCUCCACCAUCAAGAACCAGGUCUAUGCCAUCAAGGACAAGAUCGAGACUUUGUUGAUCUAA